AGCCUGCCUAGAAGUGUCAGCAGAUGUGGCGAUAAGAAGCAAGCUAAGGCGACAAUGGUCGAAAGUCUCUUAAAGACCGUCGAAUCUUGGUCGUGGCCUGCCAUGGCUGCUGCUUUCUUCCUCGUCUUCCGCCCCCUGCCUAUCUCCAAGUGCUGGUCACAGCCGUUUGCCCUUCAGGAUGGCUUCUGAGGUUUUGGGCGAAAAGUCCUCCAAGUCUCUUUACAGCACCGCAGAUCUUGAGGUGGAGCAAGGACGUCUUGAUGAAUUGCAUACAAAGGAGGAAGAUGAGUCCGCAGACAAGGCAAUCUACGACUAUGAUUCGGAGCACUCCCCUUUCCCUGAGGUCCGCGCGGUGGUACCUGAGACAGACGACCCAGGUAUGCCCGUUAGCACAUUCCGUAUGUGGCUGCUGGGCUUCAUUUUCACAAUGGUGGGCUCGGGCAUCAAUCAAUUCUUCUCACUACGCUAUCCGUCGGUCCACAUUGUUUCCUUGGUAGCAGAGCUGCUGGCUUACCCCUGUGGCGUCUUCCUGGCCAAAGUCUUGCCUAUGUGGACCAUAUCCCUUGGACCCCUGGGGAGCUUCUCCCUCAAUCCAGACCGUCAAUUCAACAUCAAAGAGCAUGCUUUGAUCGUGAUCAUGAGCAACGUGUCGUUCGGCUAUGGGAGUGCGGAUUCUACCAAUAUCAUCCAAGCCUCGAGCUCCCAGUUCUACAAUUUUGGUCUGUCAGCAGGCUUCUCGGUGCUGGUAGUGCUCUGCGCACAGCUACUUGGGUUUGGGGUGGCUGGACUCGCUGCCCCAUGGUUAGUCGAGCCAGCGCGGAUUGUGUGGCCACAGGUCCUAUCGAAUUGCGCGAUGCUUGAGACGCUUCAUUCCCGUGCCAAUAACGUUGCUAAUGGCUGGAGGAUCUCCCGACUUCGGUUCUUCCUCUACGUCACGGCCGCCGGCUUCGUAUGGUAUUUCUUUCCAGGGCUUAUCUUUACUGCCCUCUCAUACUUUACCUGGGUCUGCUGGAUUGCACCCCGCAACAAGAUUGUGAACCAGCUUUUCGGUAUGCAGACCGGCCUGGGACUGAGCCCUAUCACCUUCGAUUGGAGCCAGGUCGCGUACAACACCAACCCGCUGCUAUCACCGGCCUGGGCUGCAAUCAACGUCUUUGCAGGCUUCGCAGUUUUCUUUUGGAUCGUGGUGCCUGGCAUCUACUACUCAAACACUUGGUAUACAGCAUACCUUCCUCUCAUGACAGCUGACGUCUACGACCGAACGGGUGCCGAGUACAACACCACCCGCGUGAUCAGCUCGCAAAACACCCUCGAUGUUGACGCAUACAAGAAUUACUCCCCUCCAUAUCUUCCAGCCACGUACGCCUUUGUCUAUGGGCUGUCAUUUGCCUCUAUCACCGCCGUCCUAACCCACAUCGGCGUGUGGCACAGCCGGGAGAUCUGGGCCGCGCUCAAGGGAAAGAACAAGCUAGACAUCCACGCCCGGCUGAUGAGAAACUACAAAAAAACGCCCUGGUACUGGUAUGCGGCCAUCAUCGCCGUGAUCACAGCCAUCGCUAUCGCCAUGGUUGAGGUCUAUCAUACCAAACUGCCCGUGUACGGCGUGUUCCUAGCUCUUGUCGUUCCCGCCAUCUACAUGAUCCCGUGCGGCAUCAUCCAGGGAAUCACCAAUGUCGAUGCUAAUCAACUGAACGUCUUGGCUGAGUUCAUCGGCGGUUACAUGUUCGAGGGCAAGCCCUUAGCCAAUAUGAUCUUCAAGAUCCUGAGCACCGACGUGGUCGGCCAGGGUGUCUACUUCGCCAUGGACAUGAAACUAGGCCACUACCUCAAGAUCCCGCCGCGCACGCUCUUCAUGGCGCAGGGUCUAGCCACCGUCCUCGGCGCCCUGACCCAAGCGGGAGUCACCAUCUGGAUGCUCGGCAACAUCAAGGACAUCUGCUCCUCCGACCAGGCCGACGGCUUCACCUGCCCCAACGGCCGCACCGUCUACUCCUCCUCGGUGGUCUGGGGUCUCGUCGGCCCGCGCCGCCUCUACUCCGUUGGCAAGAUCUAUUCCUCGCUGCUGCAUUUCUUCUGGAUUGGCGCAAUCGCCCCGCUCGUCACCUACUUCCUGUACAAGUACACCCGCAACCGUUUCUGGAAGCUCGUCAACUGGCCCCUCAUCUUCGUAGGCACCUACAACGUCCCUCCAGCAACUGGAAUUAACUACUCCAGCUGGGCCCUCGUCAACUUCAUCUUCAACCACUUCAUCAAGCGCCGCUUCUUCGCUUGGUGGACCAAAUACAACUAUAUCCUCGCCGCGGCGCUAGACACCGGCCUCGCCCUCAGCGGCAUCGUCAUCUUCUUCUGUAUCUCCUACCCAGGCGCCGUGUUCCCCGAUUGGUGGGGUAAUACUGUUUACCUCAACACGGCGGACGGCGAUGGGGUGGCCUGGAAGGAGAUGCCGGCUGCAGGGUAUUUUGGGCCCGCCAACGGGACAUGGGCUUGAUUGAGUCUUGAGUCAAGUAUUUCGUGUAGAGUUGUUAAAUUUGGAAGGGGGAGCGCAGAGGGCAUUGAGGGCCUACCUUCACGAAAAUGGGGCUUUGGUACAACUUCAAUCUAGUAUUUGCUUUGAUUGUACGCGGUCCUAACGCCUACCGUAGCGUUAUCUAUCUUAGUUGGAUCUCAGCUUGG